AUGGAGGCCGAAGAACCCCAAGCCCGAAAAGCCCGCAAGUCGGUAGCAUUCACCGAAGAGAAGUUGGUUGUGGACGCAGACGGUAGCGUGACCAUGAUCGCCUCCCCCAACGAAGAGAAGGACACCGCGCUGUCCCACACGCCUCGUACGCCGCCUCUCACCGCCGCGCUGGGUGCUUUUACUGAUCCCGCGCAAGCACCUGUUGACAGCACGGAUGGCCCUGCUGACGGCGCACCGGCCGAAGACGGCGGUCUCGACCUGUCGCUGAUGAAGAAGAAAAAGAAGAAGGCCAAGGAUGCCGACGCCGCCGCCGACGAGGCCCCCGCGGGCGAGGAUGGUGGCCUGGACCUGAGCAUGAAGAAAAAGAAGAAGAAGAAGGCCCCGAAGGAGGGUGAUGACGACUUCGCUGCCAAGCUGGCGGCUCUGGAUCUCGAGGGCAAGGAGGGUGAGGCAGCCCCUGCGGACGAGGAAGUGCAGGAGGGAGAUAUGGAGAAGGGUACCGGCAUCUGGGAGCAUAACAACACGACAUCGAUCAGCUACGACCUACUGCUCGAGCGUUUCUUCAGCCUUCUUGCACAAAAGAACCCCGACCAUGCCUCUGGCUCGCGAAGCUACAAGAUCCCGCCCCCCCAGUGCAUGCGUGAAGGCAACAAGAAGACCAUCUUUGCAAAUAUCGCCGAGAUUGCUGCAAGAAUGAAGCGAUCUGACGAGCACGUUACGGCAUAUCUCUUUGCUGAGUUGGGUACCAGCGGUUCAGUCGAUGGUAGCAGGCGUCUUGUCAUCAAGGGUCGUUUCCAGCAGAAACAGAUUGAAAACGUUCUCCGGAAAUACAUCAUCGAAUAUGUGACGUGCCGAACUUGCAGAAGCCCUGACACUGAGCUGCAACGAGGAGAGAACAGGUUGUACUUCAUCCAGUGCAAUUCUUGCGGCUCUCGACGAUCCGUCACGGCGAUCAAGUCUGGUUUCUCUGCCCAAAUUGGCAAGAGAAAGAAGAUGCUCAAGUGA